AUGCGAUAUGAUCGGGCGAAUUUAACAGGUGGUUCCGAAAUGAGCGACUGGGCGAAAUCCGGUGUCGUUUCGCCACCGUCAUCGCGCUACGGCGAAGAUGAUUCGUCAUCAACCGCUGCCAGGCCGAGGCGAAGCCGUCUUGACAACGAUAUUCAAACGUUCGCUCAGCCCGCCUGGCCGUCGGUGUCUCGAAAAAGCAUCAAAUCGCGACCGGACUUGAUGAACGGACGAAGAUCGGUGGGACCGAUUGGGUCGCACAACGUCUCCUACAAUGAGUAUGAGGCUCAUUCGAUGUCAUUCAACAGACCGAAUCCGGUUCGAAAUGGUCCGGGAUCGGUUUCGGGUCGAUUCACGCCGUCAUUUCGAUAUUCCUCCUAUGCCGCCGAGUAUUUCAAUGGACGAAACGGAGCCGGUGGAGUUGCCCUACUUCCCGCAACUAUGCGAGAACCACGCCGACCGCGCUCGACAAUCGCUGAGAAGUACACGGAGAAUAUUGGACGAAACGCGUUUGGCGGUUAUGAAAGCGCGAGUUUGUCGACGUCUGGCGACGAGAAGGCGCACCAUCGCCGACGUGAAUCUGACGCCGAAUCCGUUGUCGACGUUGAGGAUGAGGAAGACGACGAGGAGGAGGAGAUGCGCAAGUACUAUCUUCAAGCUCAACGAGCGAAAGGCUCGCGAAGUGUCACGGGUGUCAGAGGGAGUUCCUCGUUUCUCGACGGCGAAGAAGCUUACUAUUAUGGAAUUGUUCACUUGGAUUUGGAGCGUGUUUCUUAUGUGAUGAAGACGAUCCCACCACCACCAGGGUAUUUCGAGCUUCAGCCGAUUGAACGGGUCGCUUAUAUCUUCUAUUGUGCGGUCUAUAAGAAAUCCUAUCCGGAUAUUGAUAAAUUCCAUAAGAGAUUCAAUCGCGAAUUUUACAAAUUUGUUUGUGCUGGCGACACCGAUGAUCAGGCGCUCUUCAAGAUUUGCCGAUCGAUGCAAGAUCAAUAUACUCUUCGUCAAUUGGAGGCAUCGAAGCGCGCCUAUGAACAGGCGCAGAAGGAGGCGUUGGAGACGGAGAAGCUCGACUUCAAUCAACAAAAGGGGAAUGGAAUCGAAGAGCAGCAGACGUCAUUUUCUCAGCCCGAAGAGGUUUUGAGCCAUGGACCAUUGAAAUUCCAUACGGGACACGCGUUUGUCACAUUUGGAAUUGGUGGAAAAGUUGUUGUGGUCCGUCCGCCUGGAUCUGUUGAUCCGGUGAAUGGGGCCACGUUGACGUCGACGUCGAUUAUCGUUGAAGACUUGAAAUCGAUGCUUCAUUCGGACGAGGCGACAAGCAAGGUGCUCGAAUCGGUGCAGAACUUCAAGGGGCCAUUGAUUGCCGGCCACACGCCAACGCAUUCGGUGCGAUUAUACAUUCAACGACAACUCGACGCGCUCAAAGCGGUGAAGCUGAGUCAUGAUGUGAAGAAGAGCGAUGUUGCCGAUGCGACGUUGGUUUGGCAACUUUUGGAAAUCAUGGUUCAACAGCAUGGAAGAAUCACCGGGCCCGAUGUGGCGGCGCUGUUGGCACGGGCUUCGGAUGAGCUCGAGGAGAGGACGGGAAUUGUGGAUAAUGCGAUAAAUCAUGAUGCGAAGAGUCGCGCUGCCGCCAAAGAAAGAUGUAAUGCGUUUCUUCUCGGAGGACAUAUUACGGAGGCAAUUGAAUGCGCGAUUGCUGACGGUUUGUAUGCGGACGCGAUGACGCUCACCAGGCGGCUUUAUCCGAACGACGCGAAAAAGAUUGAGGAGAUUGAGGCGAGAUUCAUGCAAUUGCGGACCAUUGAAGACCCGUUUGCGACGUUGAUCGCUGUCGCCAGCGAUCAACCGCCGCCGAUUUUGACGAAUGGCUUGGCGGACGACGAUGAGAACAAUUGGAGGCGUCACGCGGCGAUUAUUCUGGCUAAUCUCUCGACGCCGACGGCAAUGCAGACGAUCUAUCAUCUUGGAUUAACAUUGGCGAAAAAGGAGAAAAAUUGCGCUGCCGAUUUUUGCCUUUUGGUUGUGUGCCUACUCGCCGGUUAUGAUCCGUUUAUGGCGGUUCCGCAUGUGGAUGGCGAGGAGAAAUGUCGAAAGAAUAUUGGUUUGAUUCAUAGCGGAUCCGAACUUCUCGCGUUGUCGCAAUCAUUGAAAUCUUGCGGAACUGCUGGAUUCUCGUUUGUCGACUUGCACGCGACAGAUAUCUAUGAUUAUGCGUUGAGACUCGCCAAUAAUAAUGUUGAUUCGCCGCUGGCGCGAUCCGUCGACUAUCAGAUGGCUCGAAUUGCCUACGCGAAAAAGUUGGCCUCGUUUGGCGGUUUCGCGACGGACGCGUUUAGAUAUUGUACCGAAGUUGCCCGAUCGUUGUGGCCGUAUGCCGCCAAUUUCGACCGAUUUACAUUAUUCGAUCUUUGCGAUUUGGCCGAAGGAUUACAGUAUGUUGCGGCGGCGUCGCCAGCGGAAACCGAAUGGAUUGCGAGCCUUCGCGCGAUGCUUGGAGAUGCUCCGAUGUCGAUGCAUCAGCAGCAGGAACAGCAGCAGCCAGCUCAGCCUGAGCUCCAACCAAUUGCUGAACAACAGCCGCCUGUGCCAAGAAGUAGUCGGAAUCCGUCGUUGAGUCGCGAAGCACAACAAUGGCAUGAUGAGCAUCAGGCGCCGAUUGAGAUUGCGAAGCAUGCGACGACCGAAUUCAAUCCGCCGCCGAUGCCACAAGCGACGCACGAUGAAGUUACGCGGACGACGUCGUCGUCGGAAUCUGCGACGCUAACUGCUUCGCAGGUGUCGGCGUCUGACGCGUCUACGAUUGAAUCAUAUCGAACGCUACCAACGCCGACUAGCAACCAGGCACCACCGCCGCCGCCAUCAUUACCACCACAAUCAUUGCCGCAAGUUGCGCCUAUCUCUCCGGAACCCAUUGCGGCUCUGGCUUCGCAGCCGCCGCCAUCGUCACCGCCUAAGCCAAUUCAACAGAAUUUUGAAGAGCAACAUGUCGCGAAGAGCCCGAAAUCUGAAUUGUUGGAUCUUUGGAGCUCGACGUCAAUUCCACCGGUGAUAGCAGCACCUCAGACAACUGGUCAACCGUCACCGACGGCUCCCGCACCGUCAGUACCCAACAAGACAGCGAGCCCGCCGAUGAAUAAUGAGAAUGAGAGGAAGGUGUCGAAAAGUAGUAGCAUGAAUUUUGAGAAGGAGCCGAAUCGGAAAGGCUCUCGAGGAUGGUUUGGAUCGAUCAAAGAGAAGGUGAUCAAAUCGAUUCCGUCGGCGAAUCAGAUGAUUUUGCCGGAUGACACGAAGCCAACGAUUGUUUGGGAUCCGGUGAAGAAGCGAUAUGUCGGAGAAGGUGUUGAGGAGGAAGUGGUGGCUGCACCGCCGCCCGUCUUGAAUUCAGCACCAUUUGGUGGAAUGGAUUCGAAUAAGUCGAGCACGAACAGUUUACGAAGUGCGAGAAGCGGUGGAGCGGGAUCGAGAUAUCUGAAAGUGGGCGCGGCGAGCACGGCGCCGUCGACACCUGACAUGGGCGGCGGUAUGGCGAUGAUGCCGCCGCCGCCGGUGAUGCCGCUGCCGGCGAGCUUCUCGUUCAUGCCGACCUCAACUGAUGAUGGUGAGUAUGUUGAUCCGUUUAGUGGUGAAUCGAAUCCGUCGAUUCCCUCGUCGGAAAACGCCGAUGCUCAGAAUUCCAAUGAAUAG